CCGUGCAUGACCUUUCACCCGACGCUGCUUGACGAUGCAAUGCGGAAGUGCAAUGGCGGCGGCUGCGGGGCCGGGCUGUAGUGGAAGCGGCGUCGCCUCCUCCGAGGCCGCGGCGCGUCGGAGGCUGCGGGUCCUCUUGGGCCACCUGCGCAGCGCUCCGGAGACCCACCUGUCGGCCAGUCAGUGUCGAGGGCGGGCGGCGGCGGCUCCCCCGAGCACCCUCCCCAAGAGACGGCAAGAAGUUUUGAAAUGGAACGGCUGGGGAUACAGUGACUCAAAAUUCAUGUUCAAUAAGAAGGGGCAAGCAGAAUUCACAGGGAAGAGGUACCGGUUAGGUGGUACAGUGUUGCCUCUUCUGAGAGAAUGGCUAGAGAAAAAUCUUGGAGGAAGUCUGGAACAUAAAAGUAUUCCUAAGGCAUCCUUAAAUACUAGCGAUGUACCUCCGUCUGUUACAAAUGAAGGAUUCCUUCAGGACCUCAAAGCUACGAACAUCUCGUAUUCCCAAGAUGCAGAAGACAGGGUAUUCAGAGCUCAUGGUCAUUGCCUACAUGAGCUGUUUUUACUCAGGGAAGGGAUGUUUAAGCGCGUUCCUGAUAUAGUUGCAUGGCCAGAGUGCCAUGAUGACGUAGUUAAAAUUGUUGGAUUAGCCUGCAAGCAUAAUGUUUGUGUUAUACCUUUUGGUGGUGGAACAAGUGUUUCUAGUGCGCUUGAGUGUCCUCCUGAUGAGAAACGAACUAUUGUGUCACUGGACACUUCACAAAUGAAUCGAAUUCAUUGGAUAGAUGAGAAAAAUUUAACUGCUCGUGUUGAAGCCGGCAUUGUUGGACAAGACUUAGAAAGACGGCUGGGUGAAAGUGGCUACUGUACAGGCCAUGAACCAGAUUCCAUGGAGUUUAGUACUCUUGGCGGAUGGGUGGCAACGCGAGCAUCGGGCAUGAAGAAGAACGUUUAUGGAAAUAUUGAAGACCUGGUAGUUCAUAUAAAAAUGGUAACCCCAAGAGGCGUAAUAGAAAAAAGCUGUCAAGGACCGCGAAUGUCCACCGGACCCGAUAUCCACCAUUUCAUUUUGGGAUCUGAAGGAACCCUUGGAGUGGUAACCGAAGUCACAAUAAAAAUCCGACCGGUCCCUGAAUACCAAAAGUAUGGAUCUGUCGUAUUUCCAAACUUUGAGAGAGGGGUAGCCUGUUUAAGAGAAGUAGCAAAGCAGAGAUGUGCUCCUGCAUCCAUUCGCCUUAUGGACAAUCAACAGUUCCAGUUUGGACAUGCUCUUAAACCACAGGUUGCUUCCAUUUUUACAUCACUUUUGGAUGGGUUGAAAAAAUUCUACAUCACAAAGUUUAAAGGAUUUGAUCCCAACCUAUUAUGUGUCGCCACCUUGCUUUUUGAGGGCAGCAGAGAAAAGGUCCUUCAGCACGAAAAGCAAGUUUAUGAUAUCGCUGCAAAAUUCGGGGGUCUGGCAGCUGGAGAAGACAAUGGGCAGAGAGGCUACAUGUUAACGUUCGUCAUUGCUUACCUUCGGGACGUGGGUAUGGAUUAUUAUUUAAUAGGAGAAUCGUUUGAGACAUCCGUUCCUUGGGAUAGGGUUCUAGACCUCUGCAGAAAUGUAAAGGAAAGAAUAGUAAAAGAAUGCAAAGAGAGAGGUGUUCAGUUUCCACCUUUUGCUACCUGUCGGGUGACGCAGACCUAUGAUGCUGGUGCAUGUGUGUAUUUCUAUUUGGGCUUUAACUACAGAGGAAUAAGCGACCCUAUUCAUGUUUAUGAAGAAAUUGAGAGUGCAGCUAGAGAAGAAAUCCUUGCUAAUGGAGGGAGUUUGUCACAUCAUCAUGGAGUGGGCAAGUUACGGAAGCAGUGGCUGAAGGAGAGCGUCUCCGACGUUGGCUUUGGAAUGCUGAAGUCUCUCAAACAAUAUGUGGACCCCAAUAACAUCUUUGGAAACCGGAAUCUUUUAUAAAACUCUUUUCCUGUCCGUAGUCAGAUUACACACACGUGAAUAUAUAUAUAUUAAUGGUUUUGAGUCUCACAGCGGUCCUGGUAACCAAAUAUAGCAUGGACCCAAUUUCAAAACUUGCUUUUUCCAUCUUUAGUUCCUUUGGUUGAGCAGGUUCAUUCAGUUAGUCAUGACCGGGACUCUCCAAGCUCCUUCCGGAUGUUUCAAACACAACCAAAUGUGCUAAGGGGUCAGUCCGUCUGAGAAUGCAACUUUGGAUGAACCUGUUUUGGCCAUUCCCCACUGCAAUGUAUUUAACUGCAGGAAUAUCCACGGCUGACUCUUGAUGUUUCUGUCAUAGGAAGGCCUUCGUUAUUGAAAUAACAUUCCUGGGACACAGGCGAAAAGACAGAGCUGUAUUAGGACAGUCUAGUGGGAGGUUAAGCAAAUGGAUAAGGACCUGUGUUGUUGCUGAUUGGUUGGUUGUUUCCUAAGUAGUCUUGUGCUUGGAGGGAGUACCUGGCCAGUCCUUCCCAUCCGGCAGUGCUAAAAAUGUCACCUAACAACCAGGAGGUCUGAAUUGCAUUUGUACUACUUAAUAAUCUGGAACAAAACUGAUUGACCCAGAAGAACAAAUGGUUCUUUUUAGC